AGGGUCCUACAGAUUCCGGAAGUACACCAUCAUAUACACCAGUUGUUGUUGUUGAUAUUGUAGCAUAGCCACCUAAUGUCGAUAUUUGACAGUUUUCUGUUAUUUUGAUAUUCACAAGUAAACUAUGUUAUUUUUCCGGAAUUUAAAGCUGACCCUGUUGCUAUCUAGUAUGGAAAUAUUCUGCUCCGUUUUAGCGUUGAUGUAAAUUGGAAUUAGUGAGUUAGCAGAAAUUAUAGCAGAGAAAAUGAUUUCUCAGGUGUUUAUUCUGUCAUCAAAAGGCGACCAUCUAAUCUACAAAGACUUCCGUGGUGAAGUUGAAAAAGACUCCAUGAGCACGUUUUAUGAGAUGGUGUCAUCUCUGAGUGGAGAUCAGCCUCCUGUAGUCAUGAGUCGCAAAGGUCUCAACUUUAUUCACAUCCGGCACGCUGGACUUUACUGGGUCGUAUCUACGAAGACGGAUCCAUCUCCGUUCACUGUUGUUGAGUUUCUGAACAGGCUUGUCGCUCUGAUUAAGGAUUACUGCGGCAGCGUAUGUGAGAAAACUGUCCGCAUGAACUUUGCUCUGAUCUACGAGCUCCUGGACGAGAUGGUGGAUUACGGCUACAUCCAGACAACCUCCAUGGACAUCCUGAAGAAUUUUAUUCAGACGGAGCCAGUUGCCUCCAAACCUUUCAGUCUGUUCGACCUCAGCAAUGUCGCCCUCUUCGGAGCAGAGACACAGCAGAGUAAAGUGGCUCCCAGCACCGCUGCCGCCCGACCCAUCAUGACGUCUUACAGUGGAGAGGGAAGUAAGAAUGAGAUCUUUGUGGACGUGGUGGAAAGACUCUCAGUGGUUAUUGGCGCUAAUGGGGUUGUGAUGAAAGCAGACGUGGAGGGAGAGAUCAGAGUCAAGUGCUAUCUUCCCUCAUGUUCAGAGAUGAGGAUUGGCGUGAACGAGGAGUUCAGCAUUGGGAAGUCUCAGCUCAGAGGUUACGGGGCGACCGUGCGGGUGGAUGAGUGCAGUUUUCACCAGUCCGUGAAGCUCGAUGAGUUUGAUACACACAGGAUUUUAAAAAUUUGCCCCAGCCAAGGAGAGCAAACCCUGAUGCAGUACCAACUGAGUGACGAGCUGCCGUGUCCUCCUCCGUUCCGUCUCUUCCCCACUGUGGAAAAGGAUUAUGGGAGCAGGUUGUUGAUUUUCCUCAAGCUGCGCUGUGAUUUGCCACCUAAAAGCUCUGCUAUAAAUGUUUCAGUGACAGUUCCUGUGCCCAAGGGUUCUCUAAGUCUCUCUCAGGAGUUGAGUAGUCCUGACCAGACAGCCGAGCUUCGGCCCAAACACAAAUCCGUCGUGUGGGAAAUCCCACGAUUCCCAGGAGGAGCUCAGCUCUCUGCUCUCUUUAAGGUGGAAGUCCCUGGUCUUAGCUCCGCCUCUCUCCAGGAGGUGGGGCCUGUCAGCAUGAGCUUCGAGCUUCCCAAGUACACGUGUACAGGGCUGCAGCUCCGAUUCGUGCGUCUCUCUCCAAACCAGCAGGCUCCGUCUCAUCGCUGGGUCCGCUACGUCACACACUCUGAGUCCUACACCAUACGCAUCUGAUGAACACACACCUACACCUACAUACACACACACCUAAUGGUGUUUCAGUAUUUCAAUAUUUUAUUAUAUAUUGAUUCCACCCUAAAGAUUUACUCUUUAGAGAAUACUCUAAAGAUUUGUGAUGCUG